CCUUGUGUCUUGGAUCCCUGCUGUCUCUCUCUCUCUCUCCUUUCUCUGGAACGGGCCAGGGCAGUAACUGGAUGCCCGGGGUUAAAUGGUGCAGGAGCACAGACGCGGAGGAGUCCCCGGGAUUUUCCACAUCCCUGCCUCUCCACCCACACCCCGGCCGCAGGGGUCCAGUUCCGACUGACCCAACCCUCCACUUUCUCUUUGCAGGCGAACUGUGCGUGAACGCGCCUGCGGGGGACUUGGCCAUCGGUGCCCCGGAACCCGGGGAGGAAGAACCUGCAGCGCCCCAUCCUCACCCCCUCCACCACCAUUUCGGGGACCCCUCAGGGAGUGGUUUUGGGGUUCCCACUGACUUCUAAGAAGGACGCGUGCCCUUCUCCGACCCCAGCUCGGGCGGCCACCUGUCUUUGCCGCGGUGACCUUUCUCCCAUGACCCUGCGGUGCCUCGAGCCCUCCGGGAAUGGCGCGGAAGGGGCGCAGAGCCAGUGGGGGACCGCGGGGUCGGCGGAGGAGCCGUCCCCAGAGGCGGCGCGGCUGGCGAAGGCCCUGCGGGAACUCAGUCACACAGGUUGGUACUGGGGAAGUAUGACUGUUAAUGAAGCCAAAGAGAAAUUAAAAGAGGCACCAGAAGGAACUUUCUUGAUUAGAGAUAGUUCGCAUUCAGACUACCUAUUAACAAUAUCUGUUAAGACAUCAGCUGGACCAACUAAUCUUCGCAUCGAAUACCAAGAUGGGAAAUUUAGAUUGGACUCUAUCAUAUGUGUCAAGUCCAAGCUUAAACAGUUUGACAGUGUGGUUCAUCUGAUCGACUACUAUGUUCAGAUGUGCAAGGAUAAGCGGACAGGCCCAGAAGCCCCCCGGAAUGGCACUGUUCACCUUUAUCUGACCAAGCCACUCUACACAUCAGCACCACCUCUGCAGCAUCUCUGUAGACUGACCAUUAACAAGUGUACCAGCAGCAUCUGGGGACUGCCUUUACCAACAAGACUAAAAGAUUAUUUGGAAGAAUAUAAAUUCCAGGUAUAAGUGUUUCUUUGUUUUCUAAACAUGCCUCCUAUAGAAUAUCUCCGAAUGCAGCUAUGUAAAAGAGAACCAAAUCUUGAGUGACGGCUCUGGAUAACUACGCGGAAUUCUAAGACCAGCUGAAGUCAAUCUGAUUUAAUUGUAUGACAAGGUAGCUAGGUAUUUAAAGUUUUCCCCACAUGUUUUCAACUUGAGGGAUGCUUCCCUUCCUAAGGCUGACCAAGACCAGUUGAUCCUUUUAAGUUAAGAAUAAAACGUCCCAAGUAAAGGCUGAAGGAACACUUUCUCAGAGCUCUCACUUUCUGAGGUUCGUUUGUGUUAGGUGAAAGGUCCCAGCACUGGUAGGAAAGAGCUCCACUUAGGAGUGCCGAAGAAGUGGAAGGAACGAAACUGACACAGGCUUAACUUCAGUUCUGUGUGCCUGGUGAUCAGAGUCUAUUUUAGGACAUUUGAUAUUUUGCAUUCUGAUGUAGUUAGGAGAUUUGUUAAACAGAUAUGCUUGUGAGUAUUUAUCCUUCAUUUUAUGCAAUUAACCAAAUCAGCCAAAAAAAGUGACCAUGAAAUCCUAUAUUUGUCUUUUUACUACAUGUAUGAACUCUCUCAUGAAUGAGUACUGUAGUAAUCCUCUUCAAGGGAGCCUUAUUUCAGAAAUAUUUCAAACUGGUGCAAAUGGAAAAGACUUCUUUUCCUUUAAGGCUAAAGACAAGAAUGUCAUGCUAUACAGGUGCAACUCAAUCCCUGUUAAUAAAACCAUGUAGAUAGAGACAUUUUACCCUUUGAAACAGCUGCGUCCCACAACCUGUUGCCAUUGAUUUUUUGGAAAUGGCUUUAGGAAUUUCCAAGUGGUCUAACCAUAGACAUUAGCAGUUGUCUCCCUUCUACCAUGUAGAAUACUUUGACUUAAUUUUCUUCCAGAUAUAGGGGGAUACAUGCCUGCUUUUCAAAGUGUUUAUUUACUGCUGUUACUAUUUGAUUAGAAUGUAUUAAAUAAAAAAAAAUGGACUUUCACAAGUUUCA